AUGCGUGUGGGAAAGGUCUCAAGUUUAUUGCUAUGUGUUUAUGUUUUUUAUCUCCUGAAAGGAGCUGAAACUGUCUUCGAAAUUAUCGAAUGCAUUGGAUGUCGAUCCGAUCGGCAGAUAAUCGAGAGUUAUUUCAAAUGCCACAUGAUGCUGCCAACUCGAAUCAAACACAAUGGAGAAGCCUGCAUAAAGAAUGUGACCCAAACCUCGGAUCUACGUGAACAGUGGAUGAAAAUAUGCAGUUCGAAAGACCUAUUCUAUCUGGUAUAUAUAUGCACGGAUGUUUCUAAAGGUGCACCUGGUGGUGCAAAAGAACAGAAAGAAAAGCAACAAGUGCUACAGUAUAUAACUUGUAUUUACAAAUUAAAAGACAAAUACUGCGCCCACAAGCAUCAGCAGUGGGACAAAAUUUCUACACUCCCUCCUCUCCAUUCCGGUUAAUAAAUCCUUUUAUGAACUAAAAGGAACUAACUCUGCUGGAGAUUAUGGAAAAUUCAAAGAAAGCCAGAUGUUCAUCAAAGUAACAAAGCAAUUUGUUUAUAAAUAAAAUAUGUCCAUGAAA